UCUAAUAGGAACAUCACCAUCACCAAAACACGGCCUCUCCAGUAGCAUGCAAGCUAACAAACGAGCAUGGUACCACCUUGUCUUAUUCAUUUUAACCGUGUGUAUAUUGCGAGUGGCUACUUUCGACACUUCGGUACGGAUGAUAAGAGCAGUGUCUUUUGACUCUCCCUCGACCCCAGCUACUCAUAUGAAAAACAACGAUGACCUGACAGACGUCACAGCAAUCCACGUGCCAUUGUAUGAUUUAAGUUAUCGUCCUUUCAGUCCAUGGGGAGGGAAGCGGAACGUGCCGAUUCUUGGAAAUAUUGACAAUGAUCCAGAUUGGGACCAGGAUCACAGUGAUGCUAUCUUGACUAAACGACAGUUCGAAGCAUGGGGUGGUAAAAGAGAUGUCCCUGUGGAAACAGAGGACGAUAAUGACUAUGGGAAUUUCGAAAAAAGGCAAUUUAAACCUUGGGGAGGAAAACGAAACUUGGUAUUUUCUACUAUGAAACGUCAAUUUGGCCCCUUUGGCGAAAAAAGAAGAUUUAAUGCUUGGAGUGGAAAGAAAGGAUUUAAUCCAUCGGAAGGAGAAAAGGGGAUUUAGCGCUUAGGUUGGUAAGAGAAACUACAACGCUUCGGGUAGAAAGGAAUUUUGCAUAAAAAAAAUACAUGGCUAAAAAUAAAAACAACUUAGGUUUGCUUUCAGAAAAGAAUAUUUUCUCUUCCACCAAGAUCAAACUGUACGUAAGACCAAAUUAUGAAAUAAAAAGCAUGAAUAUCUUGGUUCAUUA